AAUAAUAGAAAGUUUUCUAUUAAAUCUCAACAGGGACAACUAAAUAUGACAUUCAAUGCAGUAAAAUGUGUACAGUUCUGCACAAAAUGCGCUCUAUUCCAAUCUGCAGUAAAAACCAACUCCCUUUCAUGUUGGUCAGUGGCUACAGUAGGAGCGAUCAUGGAAUUUUAAAGUUGGGCGCAGUCACGUCGGGGUUUCUAAGCAGAGCUUGGGCGACAAAGCAUAACUUUGCAAAGUUGUUUUAAAAAUAUCCGCAAACUUAAAAGGUGCGGGAGAGCCCGCGCCUGGUUGCAGGUCUGCGGACCCGACCCGCCUGCCAGGAGAGGCUGUGUGGACUUGGGAGUCCAUUCUCGGAGAGGGGCGCUGCUCGCAGUCGGCGUGACGUCAGGGUGCUUUCCCCAGACUCCUGUAUAGUGUUGCCGGGAGUUGGUCGGCGCCGCUCUGCGAGGCUGCCUGCCUCUCUCCAGCACACACAAACACACAUAUGCCCCUGCUCUCCGCCGCCCUGCCGUCGCCUCGGGCUGGUGCCGCCGCGCCGCGUUGCAAGUGAGCAAUGCGCAGAGCGGUGCCCCGGGGCUGAGCCCAGUGUCCUCGUCCCGGACCCAGACAGGGUCUCGCACAGACCAGCGUCCCAGUCCUGGACCCUAAAAAAGGGGUUGUGUCCGAGCCAUGGCUGUCCGCGACAGCAUCCUGCCCAUCAGCGAGAUGCCGGGCACCUCCUUCCCCGAGGUGGUGGAACUGAACGUGGGAGGACAGGUGUAUGUGACCAAGCAUCACACCCUGGUCAGCGUGUCCGACUCCCUCCUGGCCAACCUCUUCUCCAGCAGCAACGUCAAGGUGCUUCCCAGGGACAACAGGGGCCGGUAUUUCCUGGACCGGGACGGUUUCCUCUUCAGGUACAUCCUGGAUUAUCUGAGGGACAGGCAGCUGGUGCUGCCCGAGCACUUCCCAGAGAAGGAGAGGUUGCUGAGGGAAGCUGAGCACUUCCAGUUGGGCGAGCUGAUCAGAGUGCUGGCCCCCAAGGUCACGGUCAAGCAGGGCUCGGUGGCGGACGAGGCGGCACACAGCGACGCGGAGGAGAACUCGCAGGGCAGCGAGCUGGUGGCCAAGGGUGUCCCGUACUCCGGCGGGGCGGACAAGAAGGUUGGCUUCAUCACCCUGGGCUACCGAGGCUCCUACACCCUGGUCCGGGACAGUCAGGCGGACGCCAGGUUCCGCAGGGUGGCCAGGAUCAUGGUGUGUGGACGCAUCGCCCUGGCCAAGGAGGUCUUCGGGGACACCCUGAACGAGAGCCGGGACCCCGACCGCCCCCCUGAGAAGUACACGUCCAGGUUUUACCUGAAGUUCACUUACCUGGAGCAAGCGUUCGACCGACUGUCCGAAGCAGGCUUCCACAUGGUGGCUUGUAACUCCACGGGCACUGCCACCUUCAUCAACCAGUACAGGGACGACAAGAUGUGGAGCAGCUACACCGAGUACAUCUUCUUCCGAGGAUUACAAAGGCCAGCCUCUCCAAAGUCUGAGUGUGACAGCAGGAAACAUGACAAGGGGGAGAAAGGAAUGGAAAGUGGGACCUCUUGUAACGAGCUCUCCACCUCCAGUUGUGAAAGCCAAUCAGAAGCCAGCACUCCGCAAGAGAACGAUGCUUGUGCAUCGCAGCCCGCACCAUCUCAGCCUAAUACCCUGACGUUGGAUCGGCCUUCCAAGAAAGCCCCUGUUCAGUGGUUGCAACAGCCUGACAAACGCAGAAACAGUGAACUUUUUCAAACACUGAUGAACAAUUCCCGUGAGUCAAGCCUCUGCAAAAAGAAAAUUAAUGAAAAAUUGAGCGUUGAGGACGAAAUGAAGAAAUGCAUCCAGGAUUUCAGGAAGAUCAAAAUUCCUGUCCAGUUUCCAGAGCGCAAGCGCCCAUGGCAGUCUGAACUAUUACAGAAAUAUGGACUUUAAAAUUUAAAAAAAAGGACUUGCUGCAGCUUGAGUUAUGUUUGAAAUUAAGGGUUUGUGAUCUUCCUUCACCUGCUGUCUGUCUUAUAUUUCCUGUCCAAUCCAUUAAAUUGUGAUAAGAUUGCAAACAAGAAGUCUGUAAGAGCUGAUCGUAAGGAAUUACAGUUUUAUAGUCCACACCUGGGUAUGCAUAAAAAAGUUAAUACAUUGGAUUUAAUCUAUUGACUGCCCAUGGAUUAACUUAGAAAUUUGUUGCGGCACAGUACGGUCUGAUAAAUAACAGUUGCAAAACUAAUGGAUUCUCCACUAGUGUAUUGAUGUGUCAGAAAUGGUUAUUCAUGGGUUUAAUGAUUGGAUGUGAUGCAUCUCUCAAAAACUUCAAAGGUUGUGUUCAGUGUCACCUCUAGGAUCAGGUGAGUCAGUGCCAGUCAACUGCACUACUGCUACUUCCCAUGACAACAACUAAUUAGAGCUGUCAAUCCUUUUUGGAGCUGAAACCUGCAACUUAGUGUAUAAUUCUUUGAAUAUUUGUUCUUAAUUUAGUAAUUGAUUGUGCGGUUUGAAGAAAGAUAAAAACCAAAUGCCAACUUUUAGAUUUAAAAUACAUUUGAAGAAUUUGCAAGAAUUUUUUUAAGUUUUAGCAGUAACAAGGUUAAAAUAAUUAACAUUCGUGUUUUUUUAAACUAUAUUUAAUCCCUCAGCUGUUAAGACUGAAAAACAGCACAAUUCUAAUAUUGCUCAUUUUGGGAUUUAGGUGCCUUGGUUGUAAGCAUGAAUGUGUUAGGGGAAAUGUUUCCCAUGUCUGUUUCCAGGUGCAGUGGAUCCCCAGCAAAUAUUAGAACAUCGUUGUCAUUUUCAAAAUCAUCUGUGAAGGAAACCACAAGCUUUCCCAUGUAUUGGUGAGAAAUCCAGCAAGUCUGUUUACCAGUGCAUUCCAACCUGCCCAAGCCCUGGUUCCUUGUAUUCCAACAAAAAUAACAUACUGCAGAUAAUGGAAACCUGUGUUUAAAACCAGAAAAUUCUGCAAAUAUUCAGCAGGUUGGGCUGUAUCAAUGGAUAUAGAAACAGUUAACGUUUAACGUUGGUGUCCUUUGACCUCCCCUGCCUUCCACUGUAACACAUUCCUUCCCUUUUGUUCACUUCUGCCCUCUCCCUUGCCUCUGGAUUUUGAAACUUGUUUAUCUCUCAUUUUUCCCAGUUCUGAUGAAAAUUCAUUGUACUGUAUAUGUGUAAGUAUGCCUUUGAGAACUGACUGUAACAUGUGGAAUGACCUUGAUUCAUUGUUGUGCCAGAUGCUGCCAUUUAGCUGAGAAUUACUGUCUUUAAUAAAGGAUGUUAUUUGUAACAAUACCACCGCCUAAUUACCAAUGCUUACAAAAACAUCAAAGUCCACAGACACCACCUUUGCACUUUUGGGAGAUUUUUGCUUGAGGGAGUAACAGAACAGUGAUCUAGUAAGUGGGAAAUGGAGAAGAGUGUCCUUAAAAUAGAACAGUGGUGACUGAUGGCAGUAGUUGGCUUGGUAGAUACAUCAGGGAACUCAAAAGGUACUAUCAGACUUGCCAUUCAUCCCAUAUAAGAAAUGAAUGGAAAUGUUUCUGAGUGUGAACACCACUAUUGAUAUCCUAGGAUCAUACAGAGAAACAUGGAAAAGUGUCAGAAGAGAAAGACAACAUUAUUGCAAGUGGCAAGGCCAGAGACACAUCAUGAAAAGUUGGUGAGUCCACUAGCACCAUAAACUGCUGAUGAGAUCUCUCACAAAGAUCUAGUGAAAACCCUCAAAGGAAAUUUCCAUCCAGCACGGUCAGUGAUCUUCAAAAGUUACAAAUUUGACACUUGCAACUGGGACACAGACGACAGGGAUGUUGAGGCAGAUGAAAGUGACAAAAGGCACAAUUUCCUGACCUUUUUGCAUUAGAUGUUGUAGAGAUGCUGGUGAGAGAAUUCAAGUGAAAAUAUUUAACGUGUCGGGACCAUGGAGGAUGGCCACAAGUGUGGAAGUGAAAUAAGAUGCCAUUGUGCUUGAGGUGUGAUUCUGAGUGCAAACACUGAACAAGGGAGAAAGGACAAUGACAGCAACUAUCCUUCCUUAUUCACCACAUCACAUACGAAACGUGACUUUGACAGGAAAUUCCUGUGUUACGAGUACCUGAAGGGCGGGAAAGAUAAAGUGGUCAUGGAGAGGCGCUCCUUAAGUUGGAAUACUGUCAGUACACCAGAAGGUCCCAAGAAUUAACAGUAUAUUCACCACCGUGGUUGCGAGCUGACAGCACUUUGGAGAUUAUAAUGUCAUGGUUAUGAUAUUGGUCUUUCACUGAAGAUGGCAAUUGUUGCAGCUGUGGAUCACUGUUAAUAGGUCAUGAAACAUGUGAGCAAUUGUUCAGUUCAACUGCAUCAGGGGUGUCCCAGAGAGAGUCCUGGGGAAUUGUCAUGUAUGAUCUGGUACAAAGGCAUAAAGAGAGAGCUACCAGUCAUCAUGGUCAUGUGCACAAGAUGACUGAUACUCACAGAGAAGGACUAGCCAAGGGCACUGGACUUCACCAGUGUGGCGAUUCAUAGUGUUGGUGCAGCACCUGAGGGUCUGUAGAAGUUGUUAGCUCAGUAUGAACAUUUCUUCAUUGGCUUGUACAGCAGCAUCGUCUGGAAGCUAGGCCCAAUUAUUUUUACCCGAGACUGAUUUAUUUUGUCUUUAAUUUGCAUCUGGAGGAGGAACUGCACAAGUUAGAAAAGAAUUGGGCUUUGGUGAAGGUGCAAUGCUUCGGUGGUAUCCCCCAGGGCUGAUAAAAAUGUGCGAUUUACAUGGGGACUAUGAAAUAAUCUUAAACAGAACUCUUGAUGAUGAGAGUAUCCAAUGCUCAGCUCACAAGUUUUAGAUUUAUUCACAGUAUUUUUUGCAUCCUCAAUAGUUUGGCAAGCUUGAUCUAUGCUAUGCCUUUGCACGGUUAAAUAUUGACAUAGGGUGUCAGAGAUACUCAACAAUUAAAAUGCACAGGAAUUUUACGUUUACAACAAGCGACUGCAUAAGUCAACCCCAAGAAUAUUUCAGUUAAUGACAUAAAAUGCUGCAAGGGAUCCCAAGGUGCUUUUGUGUCCAAAAUAAUAUCCUCUUCACCACAGGGACCUGAAGAUGCUGGGGAAUGUCAAUGUCCUGCCAAAUGGAACAAAUGUGCUUUUACACAGUGGAAAUUCGUCUUCCUAGGAUUCAGAAUUAACAAGUAUCGACAGAGAUCUACUUGGAAGAAAAUGGUGGUUGUGCUGAGUUCAAAGGGAGCUGGAUAUUGUUGCUGCGCUUCCCUAGAGUACUUCAGUGUGUCUCAAAGUUUCUGCUGGGUUUGGCCAUCACACUGAUUGCCCUUCAAGUUAUUGCACAAAUUGGAGCCCUGGUCAGGAUGAUUUGCUGAGGUCAUUACACUGUUGUGUGAUAGCUCCAGGUGUGUGGUGGAUGAAGUCAUUAGCCACAUAAUGGAAUCAGGGGAUGAACCAUCAGUUCCUCAUACUACCCAGACUCUCAAUUUGAAUGAGAAAAACUGCCUGCAGGUUGAGAAAGAGGCGCCAAUGCACAUUGACUUUUUUCACUUGGGGAUGGAACAUUUCAAAAACCACCCAGACUGAUUAUAAGAGUUGCUAUCUGAGACAUGCCUCUCUAAAGAGCACAUUGUAGAGCUCUGAGGUUAGUUUCUUUGUAAUCCAGGCCUAAUGUCGACGAGGCACUGUAUUUUUUAACAAUUGUCCACAGUUCAGAUCGGUGCAGUUCAUCAAAUUCCUUUGCUUCAGUGGGAUUUGGCAUAGAUUAAUGUCCCCAUUCCAUGUACAGGGGAG